GGGCUUCCCUCGAGGGGCGGACGCAAGGUAAAGACUCUGGAGCGGACCCUGGGAGAGUCAGAAGCACAUCCGGUGUUAGAGGAGCUGUGUGAGCUCUUGAGGAGCGGGUUAGAAGAGUGGAGGCUGUGUCCCACAGACGCUAGCAUCAUGAAUAUAUUUGAUCGGAAGAUCAACUUUGAGGCCCUCUUAAAGUUUUCCCACAUAACCCCCUCGACACAGCAGCACCUGAAGAAGGUCUAUGCCAGUUUUGCCCUUUGUAUGUUUGUGGCGGCUGCGGGGGCCUAUGUCCAUGUGGUCACCCGUUUCAUUCAGGCUGGCCUGCUGUCUGCCUUGGGCUCCCUGGGGUUGAUGAUUUGGCUGAUGGCAACACCUCAUAGCCAUGAAACUGCAAAAAGACUGGGACUUCUUGCUGGAUUUGCUUUCCUUACAGGAGUUGGCCUUGGCCCUGCUCUGGACUUGUGCAUUGCCAUUAACCCCAGCAUCCUUCCCACCGCCUUCAUGGGCACGGCAAUGAUCUUCACCUGCUUCACCCUGAGCGCGCUCUAUGCCAGGCGCCGUAGCUACCUCUUUCUGGGAGGUAUCUUGAUGUCAGCCAUGAGCCUGAUGGUCUUGUCUUCCCUGGGGAACCUUUUCUUUGGAUCCAUUUGGCUUUUCCAGGCAAACCUGUAUGUGGGGCUGGUGGUCAUGUGUGGCUUUGUCCUGUUUGAUACUCAACUCAUUAUUGAAAAGGCUGAAAAUGGAGAUAAAGAUUAUAUCUGGCACUGUGUUGACCUCUUCUUAGAUUUUGUUACUCUCUUCAGAAAACUCAUGAUGAUUCUGGCUAUGAAUGAGAAGGACAAGAAGAAAGAGAAGAAGUGAAUUGACCAUCCAGCCUUCCCCAGUUUGACCUCCUCUCCCUCCGCCCCUCAUUUCCUCUUUGCACACAUUACAGGUGGCGUGUUCUGUGAUAAUGAAAAGCAUCAGAAAA